AUGGAUGCGCGUUCGUCCAGCGCGAUGGACACGCGCGGUUCAAAUUGGGGAGUUCACAAAUUGCUUGAAGAUUUGUUAAGAUUGUCGGAAGAUCAUGACAGUGCUGAUGUUGUAUUUUUAAUUGGAAAAAGUGAGGAAAAGGUGUACGCUCACAGAAUUAUCCUGAUGGCCAGGUGUAAAAGCUUCCGAACUGCCAAACGAGGCGAAGUCUGUCGUAUUCCUGGUUGCUCUGUAUCGCCACCAUCAGCAGGAAAUCCUGCUCAAGUUCGUUUACCACAUGCAAAACCCGAAACGUUCAAAAGACUGAUUGUAUUUUUAUACACAGGCAAAAUCCAGCUCCAGGACACUCGAGUGUUUGAGCUGAUGUCAUUGGCGCAGGAUAUUGGAGCAGAAGACUUGAGAUCAGCCUGCGAGGAACACGUAACCAGCGCCUUGUCGGUUGUAAAUGCUUGUACUUUUUUAAGUGAAGUUAUUGAUAUUCAGGAGCGACCUGCAGGUGUAAAAUGUGCAAUUCCAUUCAUAGAGCGUUGUAUAUCAUUCAUUGGUGAGAAUGCCAAAGAAUGCAUAAAAACAAAUUCGUUCCGUAACCUAUCAAAAGAUGCGUUGAUAAGCUUGAUUUCAUCAGACUAUCUUUGUCUUGAAGAAGAAGAUGUUUGGAGAGCAGUACUCGCUUGGGCCAAACACCAGGCCGGUGUUACUCAACCUACAGCACAUUGGGCUGAAGAGGAACGUGCAAGAGUGUGUCAGCAUUUAGCUGGAGUUAUUGGACACGUUAGAUUAUUACUUAUAGAUAGCCAAGUUUUUGCCGAAGAAGUGGAACCAACAGGAGCAGUGCCUAUAGAGCUCUCUUUAGAACGAUAUAGAUAUGCAGCACUGCACAGUAAUGGAGUAAUCGGUAAAAAUUCAAAUGUUGCACUUGGUGCACAAGCGGCCAUAGCAAAUGAUUGCAAUGACAAAAGAUUGCAACCACGUUUAACAGUAAAUCUAUUCCCCGGAUCUGCUAUAUUACAGGGAGAGAAAAUGUCUUUGCAAAAUAUUUUAAAUGGAUGGUAUGGAAAGAAUAAGCAAUCAUGGAGAUUGAUAUUUCGAGCUUCGUGCCAUAAGUUUUCUGCAACAGCCUUUCAUAGACAUUGUGAUGGAAUUUCACCAUUAUUUGUAAUAUUAUUAGGAACCCAUGGAGAAAUAUGUGGCGGCUUUACAGACGUGCCUUGGAGCAAAAACAACAGUAAAGGUGGAUAUAUAUUCUCAGAAAAAUCAUUUCUUUUCACUCUACAAAAUGAACAUGACCCACCCACUCGAUUUGAUGUUAUAAAGAAACCUUACGCUCUUUGUUAUCAUCCAGAAUGUGGUCCAAUUUUUGGAGCAGGUGCAGAUUUAUUUAUUUCACCUGGGUGCAAUAAUAAUUUAGACAGCUAUUCAAAUCUGCCACACUCUUACGAUGGACCUAAUGCUUCUUGUAGUAGUCUUAUGGGAGAUUAUAAUUUUUCUGUUUUGGAUUAUGAGGUUUUUACUGUUGAAAUCAUGAAUGAUAUGCCGGCUGGCAAAUCGAAACAUGAGAGAUUGUACUGA